GAACAGGAAGUAAAAUUACACACAAUCUGCCACUACUUACUUAUCACAUACACAAUAAUAACACAAUAGCUUUUGUGUGUAGGUGGUGGGCAUGAAAAGGAGGCGAGGGUGGCUGAAUACCUCGAGAAUUUGAAUCUUUUCACCCCUUUUCCCCAUACAUACGUGAAUUGGAUCAUUCGAUUCAUUCCAUUCUCUAAGCACUAUGUGGGUUGUUGGUUUUGUUUUAGUCCAGACGAGACUAGCAGCAGUUUAUAUGAGUUAGUUUUCUCUUUUUUGGACAAUAACUAAGAAUAAUAAUAAUCUAUUCCAAGUGGUGAUGGUUGUCCUAACAAGAAGGUGCGUGGAAGUAGUAACAGCUCACAGAGUAGUGGCCAGACAUUUGAAGUUGUUAUCGUGAAUGGUGGUGGUCAUCCCUGGAUGUUGUUGGAAAUGAGGCAUGUGCUAUUCGACUGUUUGGAAUUAAGUUCCUCGUCGUCAUCUUAAUCAGCAUUAAGGAUGGACGAGUUUUCAGACUUUCAAAUGGCCGUUGGGCCCCCUUCACGUCCACCCCUCCAAGGAAAAAAUAGCUCGCCAAUGGGGAAAGGAUGGGGAGGGAACCAGAAACAACAACAACAACAGGGGACAGGAAUGUUUGGAGGAAUUUCAACACCGCUAUCUCGAACUACCAACCAGUAUUUUCAAGUCACGCCACAACAACAACAACAGCAGAAUAUCGGCAUUGGCCCUGUUCUUCCUCUGUCCCUUGCCGCUCCUACUAAUCCGCAGAAAAAGGUGGACAAGAAUGUCGGGAGUCGUCUAGCUAAUUAUGACCUUGGGAGACAGCCAAUCACCAACAAUAUUUCGUCGCAGCAGCAGACUCUACAUCACUCUGUGCCUCCUAGUACUAAUAAUUAUACUACUGCUACGAACCAUAAUCUCCUUAUCGGCGAAGAAGACAAAUAUGCUGCUCUUAGAGCACUAGUAAGUCUGGAAGUCUGUGAUCCUGAUACCGCAACACCAACAACAACACCAAAAAUACCAGAACAACAACCCUCAAGUUUCUCAUCGAUUCCAAUAAACCACAAUGGACACAAUACAAUUGUGUCCCUUAAAGAGGAGAAAGUAGCAUCAAAACCACCAACUAACGAAUCGGAUGAUUUUUCUGAUUUUGGAGAUUUUCAAAGUUUUUCAAAUCCUACGACUAGUAUUCAUCUCAAAUCGUCCACUUCGACUUUUAAUAGUGGUUUGCAAAGUGUAAACAGCAUGACACCACCAAGUCAACCAAAAAUGGCACGACCACCAUCAUUUGACUUUGGUGAUUUCGUAAGUGUCGUCCCUGAGAACAAUAAGACUAACAGUGUUGUUUCCAAAGAUUACUCAAACAUGAUUGAAGCUUGUGAUUUCAAUAUUCCACCGUUGCCCAAAGAAUCGGGGGAUAUUUUUAUGGCUGAUUCUAUACGAGAUUUCAAUAGUUUGACCAUCGAUGGUUGGGACGAUGACGAUGAUACUUUACACAUUUCUGAUGAUGUGAAACACAUAGCAAAUGAUAACACACUGCGCUUUGAUAGUAGUGAUGUGCUUUCUUUAAAAAAUCACUUUCAAAGCAGCAAUAAUAAUGAACUGCCUCUAACACGCGUUGAAAAACAUAAUGUGGUCAUUGAAGACUCGCCAGGUAGAGUUUAUUUUCCUUCAGAACCGGAUACUUUCAUCAAUAGCAAUGAUACUGAGUCGGCCUCCACAACAACAAACUCUAUUUCGAGCAGCAACAUUCCUCACGACGAUUUACCUGUUGUGUUACCUUUUAGCUUUAUAAAAACCUCCCUCAUUGGUUGCAGUGCAGGCAGCGGAGUUAGUGAUAUCGAUAACCUCGAGUCCAUUAAAAGUGCCUCUUUAAUGGAAACAAGCAACGAAACCUUGGAAUGUGUUGCCUCCCAUGAGAACAAAUCUGACAUUUCUCCGGAAACUCGAUCAAUUGCAAGUCUAGAUCUCGGCAGCUACUGCCCGACUUUUGAUACGUCAUUGACGUCCAUGGAGAACAAAAUUCCUUGUCUUGAAAACAACUGGAAUGGAGGAGGAUUGACCGCCAUGCCCUUAAAUAGAAAUUCAAACCAAUCUCGACAUUUUGGUGAAAGUGAUGACACCUUCAUCAGCAUGGAGAGAGGUAGAGGAUCCAAUAAUAAUGAGGACAAUGGUACAUCUGAUAAAUACCAGUGCUUUAGACAAGACUUGUUGGACACGGAUUCUAAUGUCCAUUACGUGUCCAUUACGAUCUGGUCGAGAUGUCUCGAAAGUAUUAAAUUAAUAACCAAAACCGCAGUUGCUUUAUUUAGUGGUGCUGCAAAUAGCAACAUUGUUCAUGAAGUGGUGCUCAGCCAAAAGGGAGAAAACUAUAUCAAUUGCUUGUCUGAAGUUUAUCAAGUUUUUAGUCGUGUGAAAUUAUCUCAUAAUCGAAUUAACAAAAUGAAGCUGGAAACGUUGUGUUCUCAGAUUGAAAACCUUUGGGACACGCUUAUUUCAUACUUUAUUGGGACGGAUAUACUGGAUAAAUUUACAAAUAGUGCAACGACAGAACUGUUUGGUGUCUCUAAAAGAUGUGCGAUUUGCCUCUGCUCAUUUGAAGACGUGCAAUUUAGUUCCCCAGUAGAUUACGAUGGAGUGCUAUACCAUUCUGGCUGUGCUAAUUUAUGGAUAAACAAUGUGGACAUCCGUCUACCCUCCCUCUUAGCUUCUGACAUGCAAUUUGAUGCAGACGUAUCGAAAGGCAUGUCAUGUCUAACCUGAUUUUAACUAAAUACAUACCUUUUAAUUAUUUUUACCUUCGCAUAAAACCUCAGUUUUAAUCGCAGUAUCAGUAAGAAUGCAUAUCCGUUUAAAUUAUUUUGAUUACAAAAUCAUUAAAAAUUUGCUCGAAACACGUUUGUUAAAGUUUCAAUAAAAUAUAAUGUCUGAACACGUCAACAAUUAA